AUGUCUUCCUCGGAUGAAAUCAUCAAUCUCACCAACAAACGUAGCGAAAACUCAAAUCUGACCUCUGCUUCCAUUCCAAAGAGAAGCGAACGCUUGACUUUUUUCAAUCUUCCAAGCGAAGUUUCACAAACUAUAUUCAAACGGCUUCUCAAGGAGGCUCAAGACAAAAGUUCAAGGUUCUCUAACUAUGGAAUUCAAACGAGACAUAUCAAGGAUGCACUCAAUAUGCUAUCGAUGUCCAAGGAUGUGCGAGCUGGACUUUUGCCAGAAUUUUAUCGAGAAACGCUCAUUCCGAUUACACUGGACCUCGAGGAAUCUGAUUAUCUGGGAUUUCCUGAGAUUUACGAAUCGGACGGAGGCUGGAUAGAUACAGUAGAAGCGGCAGACUUCAAUUUCGAAGCAAUACUGGCCCAGAAUGAGCAUGAAAAUCACCCUGGCCGAAGUGAAAGUGAUCGACAGAGAUUGGACCACUUUUUAGUUCAUCAAGGCAGUCAAAUCAGGCGCAUCAAGUUGAACAUCAGUAGUAUUGGGGAUUAUGCUGGCUCACUCUUAACUGAGGACGCGGACUCUUACAGACUGUUUGAGGGGAGAAUCCAAGAAGUUAUCGGGCAAAUUUUGGGAAACGGGGAGGGAGGAACACCAAGAACGAGGAAAAUACUCGAGCUCAGCCUGUGUGUUCAGCCAGACCGUGACUACCCCAUAGAAGAAGAUGAAGACUACGAUCGAUACAAAUUUGAAUGCGCGAGCUUCAAUACUGUAAUGUCACUUCUCGAGCCAUUGAGAGAGCAUCUCGAUUCGAAACAAUGUGCGAAGUUGGAUUGGAACGGCCUCUAUGUUCUCAAGGCUACAGACAUCAAUUGCGGCAUCUUUUCUAACGGGAACAUUUCAUUUCUCAGGGACAUGAUUGAUGAUCUGACAUUAGAAGAACAGAACGCACGAAAGCAGUGGGCAGAAGAGCAACUGUUACGAAAUGUCGAGGUAGACAAAAGUCUCGUGGCAUUGCCUGUAGAGAGGAAUGAAGAUCAAUGGAUCAACUACUGGAGGAAUCACAGGGACGUAAGCCCAUACCGUCUAGCAUGUAUCAAUUUUCUAUAUCCUAAGGGUAUUGCUCAGGCGCGCACGACAAGUCCUAUAGAGUCUGAAUGGGUUCUAAAGAUUCUAGAAUCGUCUUGUUUGGUAUGGGAUAUUCAUGAAAUUCGACUCGUUCUUGAUUUAUUGCGUGAGAGAAAAAGAAAGCAUCUUCUUGAAAACUAA